AGCAAACCAUGCAUACGUGUCAUCAAAUACUCUAUAUCCUUUUAUCUCUGCACAAAAAAGAAAUCCUUAUCCUAAUCAGGAUCCGGUCUACUAGUAGUAGCUAUUCAACAGGAUUAAUUUGUUAGCUCCAACAAACAAACUGGAGUAGUAGGAGUAUUACUUUUCCUAAUCAUCAUUAUCCAACGAGCGGGCGGCUAUAAAUAUUCGCCCUUCCGCAUCCUCCUCCUCCAUCUCAUUCUCAUUCUCAUUCAUCAACCAACGUCCUCUCCAACUCCAAUCUCAUCAUCCUGCUCCAACUUUCUAGCCCUAGCUACCUACGUACGCACGCACGCAAGUUCCACCGGCACGAUCCAUCCACGACCACGAUGGUGCAGCGCACGUCCCCCGCCGAGGUCAUGUCCAUGGACCUGUCCCCGAAGAAGCCCGCCAAGGCCUACGGCGGCGACGGCGGCGCCUACUACGACUGGUCCCCCGCCGACCUGCCCAUGCUCGGCGCGGCCUCCAUCGGCGCCGCCAAGCUGCACCUCGCCGCCGGCGGCCUCUCCCUCCCCAGCUACUCCGACUCGGCCAAGGUCGCCUACGUCCUCCAGGGCGCCGGCGCAUGCGGGGUCGUCCUCCCGGAGGCCGCCAGGGAGAAGGUGAUCCCCGUCAAGGAGGGCGACGCGCUGGCGCUCCCCUUCGGCGCCGUCACCUGGUGGCACAACCACAACGCCGCGGCGGGCGAGCUCGUGGUGCUCUUCCUCGGCGACACCUCCAAGGGCCACUGCCCGGGCCGCUUCACCAACUUCCAGCUCACCGGCGCCCCCGGCAUCUUCACGGGCUUCUCCACCGAGUUCGUCGCGCGCGCGUGGGACCUCGAACAGGACUCCGCCGCGAAGCUCGUCUCCACCCAGCCCGGCUCCGGCAUCGUCAAGCUCGCCGCGGGCCACAGGAUGCCGGCGCUGCGCGCCGAGGACCGCGACGGCAUGGUGCUCAACUGCCUGGAGGCGCCGCUGGACGUGGACAUCAAGGGCGGCGGCCGCGUGGUGGUGCUCAACACGGCCAACCUGCCGCUGGUGAAGGAGGUCGGGCUCGGCGCCGACCUCGUGAGGAUCGACGCCCACUCCAUGUGCUCGCCGGGCUUCUCGUGCGACUCGGCGUACCAGGUGACCUACAUCGUGCGCGGGAGCGGGCGCGUCCAGGUGGUGGGCAUCGACGGCACCCGCGUGCUGGAGACCCGCGCCGAGGGUGGCUGCCUCUUCAUCGUGCCCAGGUUCUUCGUCGUCUCCAAGAUCGCCGACGACACCGGCAUGGAGUGGUUCUCCAUCAUCACCACUCCCAAGUACGUAUAUGCAUGCCACACUCUUUCUUCGGUAUACUCUGUAUUUGCUACGCCCUAGAGCUCUGGAAGCCUGACACGUCAGGCUGCUGCUCGCGCGGCUGCUGAUGGCCGGUGUGUGAAGUGUUCGGGAACGUAGUAA